CCCAGCUUGGGGGGGACAAAAUAGAGCCUCUCUGUGGCUGGUCAGGUGAUACACGGACUACAUAUUUGCUAUUACAAAGCCAUCCACCAAAAAUGCCCAGUGGGUAAUAUGCCUGAGUUUCCUACCCUCUCCCUCUUUCUCUUUUCAGGAAAGGCUCUUGAGUCUAGAAUGUUCCUGUUCUAGAACUUUCUAGAACUUUCACCUCAGGGACCACUUCUGCGCCACCCAUCUCGGGGCUCGGAGGGCGUCUGAAAGCCCACCUCUCUGACUCAGGGAUGGUGACCAGAGGUGACCUAACACAUCCUUGUCAGCAGAGCACAGGAAGAAUGUUCAAAGGAAAAUGUUGAAAAUCCCUAAUCUCAUUUUGGCCAAUAGCACAACCUCCUUCUCCUUCAGCACAUUCUGCUAAGAACAUGAGUUCAGUGGGCGUCCCCCCCACCUUGUUUCCCUGGCUCACCCUGGCAUGGUGAUCGGUCUGCGGAAAUGAGGAAGGAGCAAACACUGAAAGCACAAGGUCAAGGUCUUAGAGAACCACACACCUAGCGGUCAAGUCAGAAGGAAUGGGAGUUGACUGUACUUUCCUCUUUACCCAGAACGGUGAUUAAAGUUGGGACAAAUUAAGAGCCUCUAAAUGCUGGCUGAUGAAUAUCUCCAAAGGGUAAUUUAGAAAUUGCAGUUUUAUGAAGGGCCGAGACAAUGCUGGCCAAGAAUGCAGGGCUGAGCCCAGGGUAAUAUUUAGAACAUCCUGAGUGAUGGACAGAUUCCAUGUCCCAAGGCAAUGCUCCAGAAAUACUCUUUCUCACAAGUGGAUUUUUUCAUGAUGUUUGGACAAGAGAGAGCACACGAUUACGAUCUAGAAAAAUACCUGAAGAGCCCAGGCUGAGGUCCCCUCAUGGAUGAGGCAAACAGGACAUCAUUUGUUGCUGAGGAGUCCUCGAAUGCCUCAACCAGAGGGAACACCUCAGUAGCAGAGCCGCGUCGGGAAAUUCCCAUCGUGCACUGGGUGAUCAUGAGCAUUUCCCCACUGGGCUUUGUUGAGAAUGGAAUUCUCCUCUGGUUCCUCUGCUUCCGGAUGAGAAGAAACCCCUUCACCGUCUACAUCACCCACUUGUCUAUUGCGGACAUCUCGUUACUCUUUUGCAUUUUUAUUCUGUCUGUCGACUAUGCUUUAGAUUACGAGCUCUCUUCCGGCUAUUACUACACAAUCGUCACGUUGUCGGUGACCUUUCUCUUUGGCUACAACACGGGUCUGUAUCUGCUGACAGCCAUCAGUGUGGAGAGGUGCCUGUCCGUCCUGUACCCCAUCUGGUACCGCUGCCAUCGCCCCAAGCACCAGUCAGCAUUCGUCUGUGCCCUCCUGUGGGCACUUUCCUGCUUAGUGACCACCAUGGAAUACGUCAUGUGCAUUGACGGUGAAGGACAGACUCAAUCCCGAAGUGACUGCAGGGCGGUGAUCGUCUUCAUAGUCGUUCUGAGCUUCCUGGUCUUCACUCCACUCAUGGUGGUGUCCAGCACCAUCUUGGUAGUGAAGAUUCGGAAGAAUACGUGGGCAUCCCACUCCUCGAAGCUGUACCUUGUCAUCACGGUCUCCAUCAUCAUAUUCUUCAUCUUCGCCAUGCCCAUGAGGCUCCUCUACCUGCUCUAUUAUGAGUAUUGGUCGACGUUCAGGAACUUGCACCACAUUUCUCUUCUCUUCUCUACAAUCAAUAGCAGCGCCAACCCUUUUAUUUACUUCUUCGUGGGCAGCAGCAGGAAGAAGCGGUUCAAGGAGUCCUUAAAAGUGGUUCUGACCAGGGCUCUCAAAGAUGAGAUGCAACCCAGGCGCCCGGAAGACCACACCACCACCACUGAAACUGAGACUGUCGUCUGACAGGUGGAGGAAAUUGUGGACAAAAACAGUGGGAUGCAGACGACCUAUAGUUUGUGCUUGGGAUGCAACUGAAUAUCUCCUAAAUACGGUAUAGGACACCUCACCCCAUAUGCAUGAGAUGCUAAUUAAUGCUGAGACUGUACUCUUGCGUUGUACCUUCUGCAAGCGCCCAAAUACAUGUUGCAACUCUAUCCUUUCUGUAGCUUUCAAAAAUCUCCUUCUGUUCCUCUUCAGCUCUCCUGGUAGCACUUUCCCACAAACUAUAAAAAUUACUCCAGCAGGAACGUUUACAUGUGUGUACAGGAAAGGGUACAAGCAUUUGAUGGACCUUGAGGAGGUGAAGCCAUAUAGCGGGAAGAACGUGGGUUUUGGAGUCAGGCUGACUCUGUCCUUUGCUGCUGGUGUGACCUCAGGUUUAACCACCAGGGACCUCAUUUCCUCAGUAUAAAAUGGUAACAGCAAUAGUCCCUACGUCCCGGGCUUGUGGCGAGGAUGCAACGAGAACGUGAGGUAUGCACGGCAUCUGGCACACCUCAGUGUUAGGGAACCUCAGUCUUUCUGACACCUUUAAGUGGAAGAAGAAACACGCGUUUCUGUUCUGUAAAGCACAGACACACACAAACACAGACAUGCGUACACACACGUGUACACACAACUCUAUGGUGUACAAACAUUGUUACAUGUUUUUAAAUGUUGAAUGUUCUUUCUGUUCGCUACACGAGAACUUUUCAUGGGACAACACUUCUAUAGAAAACAUCUGCAGAUGUUAUAACCCCUCAACCGUCCUGUGUUAGAGCAUCAUUUCCUGUUGUGAGGGAAAACGUUUGGCUACCAGUAGAGGAAUUUCUCACGGCUUCCCUUCCCUCUGUGGGAAUGCUUGAUGUAAAGAAAGUCUGUUUCGAAAUCUUUUGCUGGAUAUAAAUGUUUAUGAAUGAAACUUA